AGUAGCAUCAUGGGAAAGCUUAAUAAAAUCAUAGUAACAAAGUAUUUUAGAAGUGGCAAAAACAUGAAACCACAAGGUCUUCUAACAGACAAAGAAUAUAAGAUCGUGAAGAAUGUCAAACUAAGCGAUUUACUCAGCACGGUAAGCAGCCCGGUAGCGCUAAAUCAGAUUUGCGAAGGGGAAAAACUGCAGACGGCUGAAUUUUAUAAACAAAAAGAAAAAAGAUAUAAACGGGAUGUCUUGAAACUGAACCGCAAACCUAUGAAGGGUUCUGGGCGGCCGCGUACUGUUAGACAAGUGGUACCUUCUCAGAAUAAUCAAACAGUUAUCGUUGAUAUUCCGCCUUCGGAUCAGCUUAUCGCUACUGAAGAUGCGAUGGGGCCAACCAGAUCAAACGAAUCACACGGACCACUGAACGAUCCCUAUCAGUUGCCUGAAGAAAUAGGACCCAUACCUAUCGUAAUGCUACCAGAAGAUGAAAACUUUGGCAGUAACGAUGUGGAUGGUGCGCGGGAUUUUUUGCAGCUAUGCACCGGUGAGGAGAUGCCACCAAUGUCGAUAAGAGAGACGAUGACGCGGGACAUGUUGCUUGCACAGCUGCCGAGCAUUCGUUUACGUCCAUCGCCUGCUGACAACUUUCAGGAGCUUGACUUGGCCUUGUUUAAGAGACCGUUGGGCACACAAGAAUCAACUGUUGCCGUUCCUCUGAACACAGCGGUUAAAUCGAUUCCAGCGACUGUUGCAACGGUCCCAACGGAAGUUCAACCGGGUCCAUCGGGAGAGAAUUCUGAACCAUCAUGUUCAAGGGUGUCAGCCACAGCAGCAGCAGUAGAAAGUACUUCAUCUUCAGAACUGUUAGAGACACCUGCACCUCGUCGAAGACGUAUAAAGCAAGAGAGCUCUUUUACGGAACGUCUAAAACCGUUCGAUAUGACCGUUCCAAUGCCAAAGGCGAGACAAAAUUUCGAUAUUUUUAGCGUUCCAUGUCCUGCGAACUGGAACAAAGCGAUAAAGGAUGUACAGAAGCAAUUGUCCGAUAGGUACAAGCAGCAUAAAUUGCGCGAACUUACAGACAUGCCAGCACCGGCAGCACAGAAAAUUAAUUCAGGCUUCCAACAAACGCAGGACGGGUUGACUAGUCGUCUACCUACAAUGAGCGUGACUGAAACAUCAAAUUUGGUUACGAUCAACCAACUGGGCGAUGAACAGCCAAACGUGCGAUCGAUUCAGCAAGAUACGUUAAUUCCCCCAAUCGAACUGGAGGUAUUGGGUUCAAUUGACGGAAAGUUGACAGAAGUGUUGGAUAAUUUCCAUUUGACGUCAGUUACGGAUGGGACGUUCACCGGCCAAGAAAAGACAGCGACGGAACAGCUAGCACCUGCAGAAAAUAUUCCAUCGGUAUUAAAGGAAUCAUUAAAAGAUAAGGACCCACAACCUGUAGCUGAAACGGACUCACGACCGGAGAAGAAAAUUAAACUAAGAAAUUGUAACAAGAAAUCGAAGCAACAAAAAGCACAUCAAAACGAAAACGAUCCCAUGCCGGAUGUGAGUUCCGUGCUGUUUAAUCAGGCACAGGAGCUUGGUACAAUUGCGGACAAUGAGGAAACUGUAGAGGAGAUGUUACCAAUUGAUCCAAUGAUCGUCGAUAUAUUGCUCACAGUACAGAGCGCAAUGAAUAAUGAGGGGCAACUCGGACAUCCAAUUUCAAUUCAACGCUUACUACAGUUGUUGCAGAUAAACUCUCCUAUGGGCGCUGCAAAAGUAUUCAAAAACAUUCUACUACUGAAGCACGCUGAUCUGUUGACGGUUGAGACUAACGCUGACCUUACCAUUCGUAGCGUUAGUUGUAAGUUGCCCCAGGUGGAUGUUUCUGAUGGUAUAAUUAAUAAUUAACUAUAGUUAUCCCCGUUUGAGGUAUAAUUUUUCGUUAAAUGAAUAACUUUAAAACGACAAAACAAACAUAAUAUUUACAUACUAUUAUGAAUUAUCAUAACUCGAUGGAACGUUGGUUCGCAAUGCAAUUGAUUACAUUUUUAGUUUAAUGAGUUUAAUAUUUAUCGACACUGUUUACAAGAUCCAUUAGUGAAAUAUUUAAUUGCAAAAUCAUGAUUACUAUUUAUAAAUGUAUUAUUUCCUUUAAUUAAUUAUAACCUUAUAUGUAACAGAAUGCAAUUGUAUUGUAUGAAUUGUAACAAUUUGUUGACAAAUAA